AGACACUGAUGGACUCCACAACAGCAACAGCAGAGCUGGGCUGGACGGUGCAUCCUCCAUCAGGGUGGGAAGAGGUGAGUGGGUACGACGAGAACAUGAACACGAUUCGCACCUACCAGGUGUGCAAUGUCUUUGAAUCCAACCAAAACAACUGGCUCCGGACCAAGUACAUCCGGAGGCGAGGAGCACACCGCAUCCACGUGGAGAUGAAAUUUUCUGUCCGGGACUGCAGCAGCAUCCCUAAUGUCCCAGGCUCCUGUAAGGAGACUUUUAACCUCUACUAUUUUGAGUCGGACUUUGACUCGGCCACAAAGACCUUUCCUAACUGGAUGGAGAACCCUUGGAUGAAGGUAGACACGAUUGCUGCCGAUGAGAGCUUCUCACAGGUGGACCUAGGUGGACGGGUGAUGAAGAUUAACACUGAGGUGCGCAGUUUUGGGCCUGUCUCCAAGAACGGUUUCUACCUGGCCUUCCAGGACUAUGGAGGCUGCAUGUCCUUGAUUGCUGUCCGUGUCUUUUACCGCAAGUGUCCCCGUGUGAUCCAGAAUGGGGCCGUCUUCCAAGAAACCCUGUCGGGAGCAGAGAGCACCUCACUGGUGGCAGCCCGGGGGACGUGCAUCACCAACGCAGAGGAGGUGGAUGUGCCGAUCAAGCUGUACUGCAACGGGGAUGGCGAGUGGCUGGUGCCCAUCGGCCGCUGCAUGUGCCGGGCGGGCUAUGAGUCGGUGGAAAAUGGGACUGUCUGCAGAG